AUGUGCUUCUACCAGGAGUUUUUCUUCCCGGGCAACUAUUCUUUCGAGUUUCAAGUGAUUAAGGGCGGUCAGAGGGAUGUUGACGUGGCCAUAGUGACGCCGAACGACACUCUUAUCUACCACAAACUGAUCUACAUGUCCCUGAUGAAGCAAGAAACAGCGGCACUAGCGGCAAAGAUCGGCACCAAAAAUCCUGGUGACGUCUCAGCAUGGCUGUUUGUGGCAAAACAAAUCAAGGAGUCACUGCACGUAAUGGAAGAGCUACAGAAAAGAUACCGCCGGUAUGAAGCCGUGGACCGGAACAACGCGAUGUCGCUGAGUGCUCGGGUACAGGACUGGUCUCUGUAUCAGUCGGUGCUCGUUGUUGUGAUCGGCCUGGGGCAGAUGAUCGUACUGAAGACUUUAUUCACAGAGAAACAGACCAGGAAAUUCAUCAAGCCAUAGACAUUGAAGACUUUAAGUUAAUUAAGUUAAACCGCUGUCCAAACUACAUACAUGUAUUACUCAAACCUGAUAUUAUACACUACCAUAUGUUAGAUAUAGUGGCAUUAGGAAAGUUUCAUUCAUGUACAGUUACGCAUUAGAGGUGUCACAUCAAUUAAGAAUGGCAGAAUACCUUAGUUUAAAAAAGACAUUAAUCAGCUUUACAAUGCUCAACGACAGUUAGGGUAUUUACGGAAUUAACGUCUAUGAUAUGUAUCAGUAGAAACCCUUAAAAAUGAUCAGGCAACUCAGAAGAAAGUUACAAUCUUCUCAUUCCACUUCUGCUUGGAGAGUAACCUCUCUAAUCAUGUCAUCAUCCACAAAGAUAGCCUUUCGGCACUAAGGACAGACGCACUAAGGGCUACAGAAGUGUCUGCUGUUCCACAGAGGACAAAGAGGGUGCUGGUGCUCUUCUUGCAACAUGGCUCUAAACGGUCUCAUAUUCAUCUUUCAGUUUUCAGUAGUCUAAUAUGUCAGGAGACUGUUGAUAUGAGGCAUACUGGCUA